ACCGCAUAUAAAAGUUGAAGGAGCGCCAGGACUAACGUUUAUUCAGGCGGUUGCGUGCGAGGUGAGACUUAAAGUUGCCGGGAUUGAAGCGAAAAUGAAACUUAUCGCAACCACGAUAACAUUACUGGUGGUACUUCAGUCGUUAGAUGCCACCCCUGCGCGAAUCGUAUGCUACUUUAGCAACUGGGCUAUUUACCGUCCGGGCAUCGGAAAGUACGCACAAGAAGACCUUCCAGUAGAUUUGUGUACCCACAUCGUGUACUCCUUCAUUGGUGUUAAAGAUUCCGACUGGAGCGUCCUCGUCAUCGACCCCGAACUGGACGUUGAUCAAAAUGGCUUCCGCAAUUUCACCGAUUUGAAGAAGGCUCACCCCAAAGUCAAGUUCCAAAUAGCAGUGGGUGGCUGGGCCGAAGGUGGUUCCAAGUACUCGGCAAUGGUUGCCGAAAAAUCCAGGCGAGACGCGUUCAUCGGGAGCGUAAUUGCUUUCAUGAAUCAAUAUGGGUUCGACGGGUUCGACUUGGAUUGGGAGUACCCAGGAGCGGCUGAUCGAGGCGGUAGUUUUAGCGACAAGGAUAAAUUCUUCUACUUCGUGGAAGAGCUUAGGCGAGCGUUCGACAAAGAAGGAAAAGGCUGGGAAAUCACUAUGGCGGUACCUAUUGCAAAAUUCAGGCUCCAAGAAGGGUACCACGUUCCUGAGUUAUGCGAAUUGUUAGAUGCCAUUCACGUUAUGUCGUACGACUUGCGUGGUAACUGGGCUGGUUUUGCUGAUUCGCAUAGUCCUCUUUACAAACGUCCACAUGACCAGUGGGCCUACGAAAAACUAAAUGUCAACGAUGGACUACAACUGUGGGUCGACUAUGGCUGCUCUCCCAAAAAACUAGUCGUAGGUAUUCCCUUCUAUGGAAGAACUUUUACUCUUAGUGCUAGCAACAACAACUACAAUCCUGGUACUUACAUCAACAAAGAAGCCGGAGGUGGUACCCCAGGUCCCUACACUAACGCAACCGGUUUCUUGGCCUACUACGAGAUUUGCCCCGACAUUUUGGACAAAGAAAGCGGGUGGACCAAGAAAUGGGACGAACACGGCAAAGUUCCUUACGCCUACAAAGGCAACCAGUGGGUGGGCUACGAAGACCCUGAGAGCGUCCAAAUCAAAAUGGACUUCAUUAAAUCCAAAGGGUAUGGCGGUGCUAUGACUUGGGCCAUCGAUAUGGACGAUUUCCACGGGCUUUGUGGUCCCAAAAACCCACUCAUCAAUAUUCUGUACGCAAACAUGAAUUCGUAUUCGGUGCCCGAACCCACAAUUACCACGACCCCAAGGCCUGAGUGGGCACGACCUCCAAGUACUGCGUCUGCUGAUGGUUCUAAACCCGUUGUGACGACACCGAAACCCGGGCAGUGGGUUCCAGAGCAGUCGACGUCUACUACGAGGAGAACCACGACGACUACUACCUCCGAAAGACCGGCAAGUACCGCAAGUACCACGACGGCGGCGAGUGCGCCACCCAGUUCCACGCAAGGUUCUUAUAAUGAAGUAGACCAGUCUGUCGAGCAGAAAGAAUGUAAACAGGAUUUCAUGCCCCACGAACUCUGUGACAAAUACUAUCGCUGCGUCCACGGGAAACCCACUGAGUUUUCGUGCAGACCUGGAACUGUCUUCCACACACAGAGCAAUAUUUGUGAUUGGCCACAACACGCCGAUCGUGAACAGUGCAGAAAGGUGGAAGAAUAAUUUGACUGAUGACAAAUUACUUAACUUAAGUAGGGUUACUAUAGUUUUAAGGUUCGUUCACUACGUAUUACAUUUAAUAAAUGAUUUUUUUUUAUAAAA